UUAAUUAAGAAAACAUAGUAUUCACUCAUUUGCAUAAACCCUCUUUUCUCUGUCUCUCUCUCUCUCUGUUUCUUCUUGUUCUUCUUCUUCUUCUUCUUCUUUCAUGGACGAGUAUCGUGAACUCUUCGUGGAAGACACCGACUGGUACAACCGCAUAUUACUGGGAACAUUGUUGCCGCAGUGCGUGUGGGUCCCACUCCCUCGGUUCUUGCAGACAUGGCUUCGUAACUACAUUGGUGGCGUUCUUCUCUACUUCAUCUCUGGCUUCUCGUGGUGUUUCUAUAUUUACUAUUGGAAGGGUAACGUUUAUGUCCCCAAAGAUGCCAUUCCCUCACGUAGAGCCAUGCUCUUGCAAAUAUCUGUUGCCAUGAAAGCCAUGCCUUGGUACAGUUUGCUUCCAUGUAUUUCUGAGUACCUGACAGAAAUUGGCUGGACAAAGUCCUUUCCUAGAUUAUAUCAUGUUGGUUGGCCUGCCUACCUUUUUUAUUUAGCAAUUUAUCUAAUUAUUGUAGAGUUUGGUAUUUAUUGGAUGCACAGAGAGCUGCACGACAUAAAACCACUUUACAAACAUCUUCAUGCUACCCAUCAUAUCUACAAUAAACAGAACACUCUCUCUCCUUUUGCUGGUAUGGCGUUUCACCCUCUUGAUGGGAUACUUCAGGCAUUACCACACAGCCUUGCUCUAUUUAUCAUCCCAACCCAUUUUACAGCACAUUUAGUGCUCAUAUUCAUUGAGGGCAUUUGGACUGCAAAUAUUCAUGAUUGCAUACAUGGAAAGUUAUGGCCUGUUAUGGGUGCUGGUUACCACACCAUUCAUCAUACUACAUAUAGGCAUAACUAUGGCCAUUACACCAUAUGGAUGGAUUGGAUGUUUGGGACACUUCGUGACCCUGAGGAGGAUGAUGGCAAGGUGAUGUGAUGAAUUGCAGACUCGUAUAGUCUUCAUUGGUUUAUCAUGUAUGGAGUGUUGAAAUGUGGUGGUUCUUUGCAUAUAAAGCAUAAAGAUGUUCACUAUGUUUUUCCUGUAUUUGACUCAAAUUGUCACUGUGUCUAACACAGCUUAUGUGGUUGAGGUUAUUUUCUUUG